AUGUUGAGAUCAUUCAAAAGAUUUGCAUCAACCUCCGGAUUAGUGAAAACUCCUUUAUAUGAAGCACAUGUUGAAUUAGGUGGUAAAAUGGUUCCAUAUGCUGGAUUUGAAAUGCCAGUCUUAUAUAAUUCACAAUCUCAUAUUGAUUCCCACAAUUGGGUUAGAUCCAACGUUGGACUCUUUGAUGUCAGUCAUAUGUUACAACAUAAUAUAUCAGGACCGGACUCACAAAAGUUUUUAGAAAAAAUUACACCAAUUGAUUUAAAUCUUUUACCUGAAUUUACUUCAAGUUUAUCAGUAUUAUUGAACAAAGAUGGUGGAGUAAUAGACGAUUGUAUAAUAACGAAACAUGAAAAAGACAAAUAUUAUAUGGUCACUAACGCUGGAUGCAGGGAGAAAGAUGUAAAUUUCAUAAAUAAUGAAUUGAAAAAUUUCAAUUCCGUUGAUCAUAAUACAUUUGAAGGAACAUUAUUAGCUAUUCAAGGUCCAAAAGCUCAAGAUUUGUUACAGAAAUUCACUAAUGAAGAUUUAAGUAAAAUCUAUUUCGGACAAACCAAAUUCAUAAAUUUAUCUCCAAUUUCCGCAACAGUUCAUUUAGCAAGAUCAGGUUAUACGGGUGAGGAUGGAUUUGAACUUUCUAUACCAUCAUCAAAUGACCAAGAGGUGAGGGAAGCUUUAAACUUUUUCAAUACAUUAGUUGAAGAAUAUCCAGAUAUUGCAAAACCAAUCGGUUUAGCUGCUAGAGACUCAUUAAGAUUGGAAGCAGGUAUGUGCUUGUACGGUCAUGAAUUGGAAGAGACUAUUACUCCAGUUGAGGCAUCAUUAAGUUGGUUAAUCCCCAAAUCUCGUCGUGAUGGAUCAAACACUCAAUUCAAUGGGUCAUCCAAGAUACUAGAUCAAAUUAAAAAUAAAUCAACAACUCAUAGAAGAAUCGGAUUAACGUCAAAAGGUCCAGCUCCAAGACAAGGCAACAAAAUUUUUUCAGAAGAUGGUAAAACCGAAAUUGGCUAUGUAACUUCGGGAUCUUUUUCACCUUCACUUGGUGGUAAUGUAGCUCAAGCAUUCAUUGAUAAAAAAGCAAAAAUAGGAUCAGAUGUGAAAAUAGAAAUCAGAGGUAAAUUAAGAGACGCAAAGAUAACAAAAUUACCAUUUGUACAAAGUAAAUUAUAUAAACCUUGA